AUACCGUUCCAAACCAAUGGAACUCUAAUCUAAGAGCUGACACUUUGAAAGCAUAUGCUUCAAGAUAAAAUGCUGUCAUUAGCUGUUAGCUGCAAACACCAUAACGUUCACACUGAAAUUUACAGUUUUUCAGCUUAUUCUCACUUCCUAUUUUCCUAAAAUAAGAGCUUUUUCAUGGCAGCUUUAACAUUAAUUUCCCAUUUAUUUUUUGAACGAGAAAAGCAGUGAGAAAAUAAAAUCAAGAUGGCAAUAUACUCCAUCAACAUACAUCCAUCUUGCACCAGAUCCUCAAUGUGCCUUAUACAGCCAUGUGAAGCCAAUUAACCACUAGAGUAUUUUUGUGAUUGAAAUAGGCAGCAUACAGCAGAGAUUAAAUACCAAUAAAUAUAGCAUAUAGAUAAGCUGGCUAGCCCAUUUUCCUAUGAUUAAUUAAUCCUAGAUUUCUAUUUAGUUAUUUAUUCAUUUGGAAGCAAUGUUGAUACUCCCUAAAAAUGCUAAACAUGUUAAUUAGGGAGUGUUUGUAGCAAAGGAUGGCCAGGAUGAACAGGUUUAUAAGCAGGGAAGUAGCAGCUGAAGCUAGAUUACUUAAAAAAGGAAGGAAGGAAGGAAGGAAGGAAGAUAUCAGCUAGAACCUGAUAGAUCUGGAAAUAAACCUGACUUCAAGAUGUCAGAGGAAGAUGAUUCUUUUCUGAAUGUUAAAAGAUCUCUGAAAAAGAGAACGGUGAAACACAGCACCCCAGUGGACUCAGUGUUCUCAAGAACAAUUCCAUCUUCUUUAGAUCUGACAAAUCAGUCAAUCAAGGACCAAGAUGCCACAAAGAGAGUUUAUGGCUCUCCAAUGCCAAAAUCAAAUCUAAGUAGAUCAUUAUCUCAAGUAACAUUAGUACGUGCUGAUGUAUACAUCCCUCCUAUGUCCCCAAGACCGCUUUCAACAGCAUUUGAUUUGCAAGAACUAAAUAAAGAGAAAAGCCAAAGCUCUCGGCUUGUGUUUUCUAGAAGGAGGCUUUCCACUGUGUUGGCCUCUGAUGAAUCAAAUCAAGAGCCAGCUCACAAGAUUGUCCCAAACAUAGAAACUCAAGCUACCACCAGAGCAUUUAUGGAUGCUGCAGUAACUCCCGAGAGUGAACCCUUACGUCUUGCUUCCGGAAUACCAGGGAUAAAAGACCCCCCAGUAGCAAAACCCAGAAAGAAGAAAAUUAAUAAAACUCUUCAGAGAAAGAAAGAAAGAGAAUGGCUGCUUCGUCAACUUGAAAACAUUGAGGAGGCAACUAAACAUGAAUUGACAAUUGAAGAAGCUUGAUUGGGCUACAUGUGGGAUAAGUGCUGUCACAUCCAUCAUGUGGAAAUGGCGAGUUCCAAUAAAUCACACUGUUAUAGUGCC